AGGCAUAGAGUCACCGAAACCUAGCUUUAUUUUUGGACUUUCAGAAGCCAAUGACACAAAUUUUGAGAGAGACCCAUCAAGAUUUUCAACCACACAUACACAUCCGGCCAUCCGCAGCCGACAGCCAGAGAGAUCCCUCAGAUUCCCCAAAGGACCAGACACCACAAACCCUCGUCUGAAUCUCUUUUUCACUAUCUCUCUGUGAAAUCAUGGUCUCCAGUUGUUUCAGUCUUCAUCACCCUCUUCAUCAGGGCACCCAUCUCCAUCCCAAGAUUCCUCUGAGACUCUCUGGUCAUCCCACUACUUCUUCUCUGGUCCAGUUCACCUCUAGAUCAAGCUUCGCGCACCUUGUUCGUCGCCGCAUAUGCUCCGGUUCGGCAGCCAUGGCUUGCUCGGGGCAAUCGUACCCGAGUCCGAAGCCUUCGGAUCCUGAUUACUUCGAGCCGGACCCGACCCUCACCAACGAUGACCUCCGGCCCACCACGGCCUCGGAGCGGACCUUCUCCGGGUGGGAGAUGGCCAGCCUGUGGAUCGGGCUCGUGGUCGGGGUCCCGUCCUACUACCUGGCGGGCAGCCUCGUCGACCUCGGCAUGGCCUGGUGGCAGGGGAUCGCGACCGUGGUGGCGGCCAACGCGAUCCUGCUUGUGCCCCUCGUCCUGACGGGCCACCCGGGCGCACGCUACGGCGUCCCGUUCCCCGUGCUCGCCCGGUCCUCCUUCGGGGUCCGCGGGGCCCACGUCCCGACCCUCCUGAGGGCUCUGGUCGGCUGCGGUUGGUACGGCAUUGAGACGUGGAUCGGGGGCGAGGCCAUCUUCCUCCUCCUGCCAGGCUCGCUGAAGCAGUCCUCCCUGUCGCAGCUUUGGCCUUGGCUGGGCACAUCGCCGCUGGAGUUCGCUUGCUUCAUUGCAUUUUGGUUGGCCCAAUUGACCAUAGUUUUGAAGGGCAUGGAGGGAAUCAGGCAGCUUGAGAAGUACUCGGCUCCAAUCCUAAUAGCCCUCACUUCUUGCCUCUUCGCCUGGGCCUAUGUCAAGGCGGGUGGCCUCGGCCACAUGCUCGCCAUGUCGUCGAAACUGUCCUCAUCCCAAUUCUGGGCACUGUUCUUCCCUUCCCUGACCGCGAACAUAAGCUUCUGGGCAACGCUCGCGCUCAACAUCCCAGACUUCACAAGGUACGCCAAGAGCCAGAGGGACCAGGUCGUCGGUCAGGCGGGGCUCCCGCUCUUCAUGGGCUUGUUCACAUUCGUGGGCCUGGCCGCGACCUCCUCGACGGAGGCGAUCUUCGGCCGCGUGAUCUCGAACCCGAUCCAGCUUUUAGGCCAAAUCGGGGGCCUUGCGACCACGGUACUGGCCAUCCUAGGAAUCAGCCUGGCCACCAUCACCACAAACAUAGCUGCCAAUGUGGUGGCCCCGGCGAACGCGCUGGUCAACCUCAGCCCUUCAUGGUUCACCUUCAGGAGAGGAGCCCUGAUUACAGCACUCGUGGGCAUCGCUUUCCAGCCGUGGCGGCUCCUCCAGUCGAGCGAGAGCUUCGUGUAUACGUGGUUGGUGGGUUACUCGGCGCUGUUGGGCCCAAUCGGAGGCAUCAUUUUGGCCGAUUACUAUCUUGUCCGAAACACAGAGUUAAGCAUCAAGGACUUGUACACAUUGAGCCCUUAUGGGGCUUAUUACUACUCCGGAGGCUACAAUUUGGCGGCGAUGGCUUCGUUGGUGGUCGGGAUUCUCCCAGUGAUUCCGGGUUUCUUGCAGAAAGUCGGGGCUUUGUCCGUGAUUCCGGAUGCGUUUGUGGUCAUCUACAACAAUGCUUGGUUCUUCAGCUUCUUUUUAGCUGGGUUUCUUUAUAGGGUUUUGUCAAGUUUUUCAGGGAAAUCCAGGAAGUCUCUUCCUUAUGACCCACUUUUGCCUACUCAAAGUUGAUGUUUGUUCACACAUUUUGCACAUAGCUUGUAAAGAAAACUCAAAGAGCUUAUGGGGUUAUACGUAAUGUAAACUUCUUAGGAGUUGUUUGUUUCUUCAGAUAUUGCUUUUCCUCGACUAAAUAAGAGCUCAGAAACUUCGAUUUCUACAUUCUCUUUUAUUAAUUUAAUAAUUCCAUUCUCAAGAAAAAACUGGAAAGAAAAUGCAAGUUCUAUGAUUAAGCACAGCUGUCAGUUACAUCUCUAUAAGUGAUAUGUGCAAGUGGUCCAUGUAAACCUUGUACGUCCUUGUGCUGUUUAGGACUUGGGACUUUCAGAAGUAUAUGGUAAAUAAUAUUAUGUUUAUUGUU